AUGUCAGACUUGCCUCAGGCCAUCCAUCCCGACUUCAUCAACAGGCUCAGGCCCGAGUACAUCAAGUUUCACAACGAGCACAUCGCACAUCGCGUUCCGCCCCAUAAACUCCCGUGGGAUCCUGCAAUUCGCCAUAUUCCGGCCCCAGGCGGGUCUCCGGUCCAGAAGGUCGGGAGCGUGCGGGACAUUCCACUCGAGAACCAUACAAUAAGGGUCUUUACGCCCUCUGGUAGCCCGCCGGAGAAGGGCUGGCCCGUGUACAUUGAUAUCCAUGGCGGUGGCUGGGCGCUGGGAGGCAUCGAGACCCAGAACUCGCUCGUUACGCGCCAAUGCAAUGAGCACAAGUGCAUCGCGAUUAGCGUAGACUAUUGUCUCGCCCCCGAACACCCAUACCCCGCCGCGGUCGAUGACUCGGUCGCGACUCUUGUGUGGGUGUAUGAGAAUGGAAAGGCAGAGCUCAGCGCAGAUGUCAACAGAAUUGCUAUAGGGGGAAAUUCGAGUGGGGGGAAUUUAGCCGCAAUCCUUGCGCUCAAGGCACCGCAGAUGAACCCACCGAUACCGAUCAUCUUCCAGUUCCUUAUGGUCCCCGUCUGCGACAAUACAGCGACGGUGGAGGGCCCCUAUCCCUCGUGGAAGGAGUGCCAGAACACAGCGUGGCUGACUGCUGAGAGGAUGAUGUGGUUCUACAACUUCUACUUCCUAAACAAGGAGGAUUGCAGCAAGUGGGACGCGUCGCCCAUGCUCGCACCGGACGAGAUACUCGCGAAGGUCGCGCCCGCGUACAUUGGUAUCAUGGAACUCGACGUCCUCCGCGACGAGGGCAUCGCGUACGGCGAGCGGAUGCAAAGGCUAGGUGUUCCGGUCGAGAUCAAAGUGCAUAAGGGUGUACCCCACCAAGUCUUGGCCAUGGAUGGUGCGCUGGACUGUGCACGAGAGGUUUCGGACGAUGCGACUAGGGCGAUUGGGGAAGCCUUCAAGAAGUAUUAG